UUCGCUCUUUUGGAACCGAAGACCGGGAGACUCAGUUUCAGAUUGCACCACAAAGCCAAAUCUAUGACUACAUUCUUUUCCGCGGUUCUGAUAUCAAAGACAUUAGAGUCGUUAACAACAGCCUUCCCCAUCCCAAUGACCCGGCUAUAAUGCAAGUACAGCUACAAAAUGGUCAGCAUAUGAUGCCACAUUUUCCCAUGCCCAAUAUGAACCCACCGCAUGCACCACCGAUGAGUGCAGUUGGAGGUUAUGGUAAUCCUUUCGGUAUUGGCGCACUGGGCAUUGGUGGAGCUGGCGGUGGAGCACCUUCGCUAGCUCCUGGCACUGGCGCACCUGGGCCAUACAUGCUGGGUGGAGGUAACCAGCAGCAACAACAACCACCGCAGCAACCGCCCCAGCCACCACAGCAGCAACAACAGCAACAAUCGAAAUCCCAGCAGCAACAGAAACAACCAAGUGAGUUACUUCCCAGCAACAGCAACAACAGCAAUCUGACCCAUCUUCAGCAACAAGAUCAAAUGCAGGAACCACCACAACAGCAGCAACAAUCAGUGCAUAAUAAAACAAUUGCAUCCACUAUACCGUCGAAUCAAACCCAGUUGCAACAGCAGCAGCAUAAUGAUUCUAAUACUUCAGUCCACUUAAAUAUAACGCCAACGUCGAAUACUUUAAAUCUAGGAGCGAUUGGUAGUGUUGCUAGUAUGAUUGGUAGUAAUGGUAAUAGCGGCAUCAUCGGUGGUAGUCGCAUGGCUAGCGGCGGUAUCGGCCUGAUUGGCGGUUUACUUGGUAGUGGUGGAGGUACUUCUGCUGGAAGCAACAGUACAAUUUUAGGUGCAGCUAACAAAGCGAAGAAAAUAUUACCUCAAACGGCACUUAACGAACCCAAAGAUCAAGACACGAUUGCCGGCGCAUCACGCUCAACGACGCCAAUGAGCCAUGUUUCGCUGAAAAGUGAUUCGUCUGUACCCAAUAUGCUUGCUAAUCCCAAGAAAAAACCGGCUCCUCAGAAUAAGAAUAGUGGACAUGGUGGCAGCUCACACGAUGCAGACAACAAGCGACAAAAUCACCAACAGCGCGGUGGCAACAAUAAUCAACGCAACAAUAACAGUGACUUCCAUGAAAAGUACCGUGUUCGACACGAUUCUGGUGGCUAUAGCUAUCGGCAUCAUGAAAUGAGUGGUGGCAACAAUUAUGGCAACCAACGUAAUAACCAUCAACGCGGGGGUGGUGGCGGUGGCGGUGGCGGCGGUCAAAACCAUGCUUGGACCAUGCACCGCGGCAACCCUAACAAUGGUAACAACAUGAUGGUCCGCAAUCGGGGUGGCGGACGUGGUCGCAUGCAAAAUCAAGGCUAUCGACCAAUGGGCGGUCCCGGUGGUAAUCAAAAUAAACCACGGAAUCCGAAGAACACAAUUAAAUUCUUACAAGAUUUCGACUUUGAACAGGCCAAUGUUAAAUUCGAAGAGCUACGUUCCCAACUGUCCAAACUCAAGGUGGGCGAAGAACCCAAAACCGAGCAGAUGAAUGGCGAAACAGAUAAAAAGGACGAUUCCGGCAACGAGACUGGUGCCGGAGAGCAUGAACCGGAAGAGGAAGAAAUCACUGUUGGAUACGAUAAGACAAAGUCCUUCUUUGAUAAUAUUUCAUGCGAGGCAGCACAGGAUCGUAGCAAGAACAAGAAGAAUGACUGGCGUCAUGAACGCAAAUUGAAUAGUGAAACAUUUGGGGUCUCAUCGACAAGACGCGGCGGCUAUCGUGGACGUGGCAACUAUUACAAUCGUAAUAUGGGCUCUUAUGGUGGCGGUUAUAAUCGGAAUUAUCGUGGUGGCAACCUUUAUCGUAACCGUGUCAGAAAUGCAAAUGCCGCAUCUAGCAAUGCGAAUGGCGGCACUUCUAAUACUAAUACCGGUAAUCCCGGUGCAUCUAAUAACAUUAACAAUGGUGCCAACACAGCUUCAGCACUGAAAAACUCGGUGCCACAACCACAGCCAUCAUUUUCAGCGACUGUUUCAACGCCAAAUGCCACGAAAUCGACAACUGUGGAAAAUAGCAACACACCUCAGCCAACAGCAACUGGUGGAGUUGGCCAAUAAUGAUUACAAUUCUGAGAAACUAACAAGAAGGCAUUAAUAAAUACAAUAAUAGCACCAGAAGCCACAAGAAAUCAACAAAUAUCAAAUAUAUCAAACACAGUACACAAAUGAAAACAUCAUUAAAAAGGUUUAUAAGCAUCAUCAAUGGCAAAGUAAAAUAAAAUAAGGAAGAAAUAUUUUAAAAUUUUUUGCUGACGUCCUACGCUCCCAAUGAGAACAGACAAACGAAAUCAAAAUUUACUUUACAAAAUAUUUCUUCCAAGAACUCGGGAUGCAUGCUAAGAUGUUUAUUGCUGAGCAUCAACAUUAAAUUUUUCGGACCAAUUUGAGCGAAAAAGGGGCGCCAGCAAUACACGAUUAAUAUUUGUAAUGAUGAUUAAGUACAUACAGAAGAAAAAGCAAACCAUUAAUAAUACAACGGAGAAACAUUCAAUGAUGAUAGUAUAGUUAGUUUCAUUAAAUAUGAAACAACUAAGUCCAAUCGAACGAAAGGCAACAAAAGUAAUAAAAAAAAAAUAUUAAAAGAAAUGAAAGAAUUUGUAUGUUAUAAAAAUGAAAUGAAAUUGAUUUUUAAGAAGGAAAACAACUUUAAAUGAAUAUAAGAAUGUACUGCUCUAAAGAAAGAAAGAAUUGCUUAUCAUAGUGAAGUUAAUGGAUGUAAUUACACGAAAAGGAAGAGCGAAAGUAAAGGCAGAUCGAAAAUGGUGGUGGUAUGCUUUCCGACACGAAGCAUACGAUUAAGAAAGCAUUUACAAACAUUAAAACAAAAAGGAAAUAAAAUUAGAAAUAUAAAUACGUCUUUUAUGCUGAAUCCUUAAUUAAAAGCAAAAAAAAACAUACAAAAAGAAAAAAAAAACCAUUAAAUUUAUAGAUUAAAUAAAAAAGUAAUUUUAAAAUUAUGCAGAGGAUGAGAGUGAGCCAAUUAAGAGGAGUAUAAAUUUAUAAAACUAUUAAAGAACAUCAGGUUAAUACAACAGUUAUAAUGUCGAUACCAUACUAAGUACUCGUACACAUACUUGUAAGUUGACUGGCCUAUAAUACUGAAUUAAUUCAUUCAGAGUAAAAAAUUAAUGAAAGGGAACAACCUUUUUAAAGCGCACACAUACACCCAUACAUAUGCGAAAAGCAAAACGGCAUCGAAUAUAUAUGGCUGACGGCGACAUUAUCAACUGUGGUAAAUUAAGGCGGAACUGAGUUUUAGGAAUACAGCUUAAAGCAUAGCGGAUAGCAGCAGCAGCGCAAGAGACCAUAGAGAUGGAAGGAAUGUAAAAUUCUAAGAAUUUUAUACCAGAAAUCAAUACAACUUAAAUUUUUCAACUCUACAACUACCAUUAUUGUUUUAUUUUUAAGAGUUAAAAUAUUUUAAAACAUUUACUAUUAAAUUGAAAAGCUGUAAAGCUACACGUUUGUUAAUCAUAGCACACAAACACAUCUAUUAAAAUUGAAAAUGACGUAACUAUGCGCAUGCGCAUAUAAAUAGAUGCAGUUAGGUGCUGUAGCAUACGGUUUGCAAUUUCAGAUGUAUUGGAAGUUGUUAUUUGAAAGUUUUCCUUUGCAAUAGCACGUCGAAUAGUUGACGUAAACACCCCUGAUAUCCCACAAAAUAUGGUUGAUAAAAAUGCAAAUGUAAAGAAAGUUUCAUUGCAGGUAGAUUAAAAUGAAAAAUUUAAAGUUUUUUUUUCAUGGAUCGCAGGCAUGGCUAGCAUUGUUGUAAGUGAUUAAAACAAAUGAACUCUUGUUAUGUGUUAAAACACGCUACUACGAAAUCCGGUUAAUUCCUGUUAUAUGCUAAUACACCUACAAUCUUGGAGGGUAUUUGUCGAUUAUCGGGAAAAUUGUGGAUAAGAAAUGGCGCGCUAAUAAAUGAUUCUCCAGAGUUGAUGUAUGUAUAUUUAAAAUGUAGCUUAUAGUGCGUUUAAACUCGCGCGCUCACAGAGUGUAGCCACAUCCAUCCAAUCAUUACAUGACCACCAUCAAUUCACAAACACACUCUAAACAAAUAUAGAUUAUGGGCGGUAUUAUCACUUGUGAAGCGAAUGAAUUUGGCGAAGCGAACGGUUUGACGAAGCGAAUGGAUUGAAGGACGCAACUUAAAUAUGCAUUAAGAGUGUUCGCUUUUACCAGCUUGUGCAAGUUCUUUGCAUCUCGGAACACUUUUUAUACCUUCUCUGCCUUUUAAUUCGCUUCGCCAAAAUCAUUCGCUUCGCAAGUGAUAAUACCACCCUAUAUUUAACGACAGUGGUAUGGAAAUAGGACAGAAAUCUAUAUUGUACUACAUUAAAAAAAUAUAUAUUUUAUGUAAAUGUGCUCACUCUCACUAAAUACAUACAUGCAUACAUACAUAUUAAAUAUACAUUAACAAAUAAAAUGGGUAGCAAUCAAUGGUGUAUGUAGCCCAUUGUCGGGGUUUGCACUUUUACGGCGCGAUUAAUACAAAUACAAGGUACACUCACACAAAUAUGUAUUUGAAUUUAAAUGUAUGUAGCAUAAAUUCGAGAUGAAAAAAGAUCAAUAAAAAUCACUGCAAGUAAAGUAAAUUAUCUG